AUAUAUAUAUAUAUAUAUAUUUAUACUCUCAUAUGUAUGUAUAUAUAUUAUAGAUUUGUACGCCUGUUGUGUUGUGUGUGCCUAACAUUUUCAUUGCUUGGUAGACAACAAUCAGCCCCCGUAAUCAUCGAGUUUUGAUGUUCCGCCAUGCAGAGCUUUCUAGAUCUCAAUUUCUGAGCUUUCUUUGAUUUUAUGUUUCAAGUAUCGUUAUACAUCCUAGGCUAACACAUCAAUUGACUAAACAUCUGUGCCGGCUUGUUGGAGCAGGAGGGGGAGAAAAUGGAAGCACGCCCUGCAAGACAUCUCAGCACCCUUGGAGCUUAUGGAGCUCUUUCAUCAUCCUUACCUGUUCUUCCCUCCACCUUGGAAGAGAAAUAUCCGAAGUUGCCCAACUCUCAACAGGUUUGGAUGGAGAGGGAACUUAACACAAAUUCUCCGUCUCUUCAUUCUUCUUUUCUCUCGAACAGUGGGGUUGUUGGUCCUAUCUUCUCAUCUACCUCAGGAUACUUCAAUGAUCUUCAUCUUACUUCCUUUGCACCUCCUGAAAAGCAUUCAAGAAAGUCACCCUUUAUUUCUCAGUCAUCAAAUGCUGGGGCAUCAAUGCCACUAGCUCCUUGUCAUUCUAAGAUGCUCCAAUCUACGGCAUCGAGCAAAAGUGAUUCCUGGUGUACAGAUUCAUUACCAGAUUUCUUUGAUUAUCCUGUAAAUACUUCUAGCAGCAAAAUUCAAAUAGGAAGCAGGGUUAAUGGUGGUUGUGCCAUGGCAACUGAAGACCUUAGUAAACGAAAUGAUUGGCAGGAUUGGGCGGACCUAAUAAAUGAUGAUGAUUCGUUGAAUUCUAGUUUGAAUGGACUUUUUGUUGAUAACAAUGCUGAAGAUCCUGAGCUUAAGGUGUUAAUAAAAGAAAUGACAAAUUAUUCGGAACAACAGUCCGAAGUACUCCAGCAGAUUUCAGUUCCAUCUGAGGAGUCUCCUCGUGCUCUUCCAUCUGAGGAGUCUACUCGUGCUCUCAACUCUACAUCCUCAGCAAGUGGUGGUCCAACCAAAAUGCGCAUGCGCUGGACACCUGAACUUCAUGAGGCCUUUGUUGAAGCAGUCAAUAAGCUUGGUGGCAGUGAAAAAGCUACUCCUAAAGGUGUACUGAAGGUAAUGAAAGUUGAAGGUUUGACAAUUUAUCAUGUGAAGAGCCACCUGCAGAAGUAUAGAACAGCUAGAUGCCAACCAGAGUCAUCAUCAGAAGGAGCUUCAGAGAAAAAGUUGACCUCCAUCGAGGAAGUUGCAUCUCUGGACUUGAAAACGGGUAUUGAGCUCACUGAAGCAUUACGAUUACAGAUGGAAGUCCAGAAGCGCCUGCAUGAGCAGUUGGAGAUUCAGAGAAAUCUACAGCUGAGAAUAGAAGAGCAAGGGAGAUACCUCCAGAUGAUGUUUGAGAAGCAAUGCAAAGCAGGUGACAUGCUGAAGGCCUCAUCAUCGUCCGCCCCCACCCUGGAAAACCCCUCUGCUAAGACAACAGCAGAUGCAAUCCCAAGUUCCAUUGCCAAAGAUGUAUCAGAAAGUGAAAAUGAUAAUACCAUCAUGGCAUCAUCAGUGCAAGCUUCCAGGAAGAUGGGAGAGAAACAAAAGGCGCCAGAAAGCAAGGCUUCUGAGGAUCUCGAGGCAAAUGACGUUGUGGGGUCAAGUUCCAGACCCUCAAAGCGCGCGAGAGCAGAUGAAUAAGCCCAUAUCAUGUGCCAUAGUAGGACAGUAGGAUAGACUUCCAGCUGAAUGAUAUAAAGAGAUUUGGAACUCUGAUGUUCAGAUUUGCUUGCUCACUCUCUCUCUCUCUCUCAAAUUCUCAGCACAUGUUUCUAGAGUUUUUGCCUUCUUUUUUUUUGUUUUAGUUAUUUAUUUUUUAAGAAAGGAUUAAUUCUGCAAAAUUUCAAUUGGAGAAUGAAACAAUCUUAUUUUUGACAAAAAAAUGGAGUAUUUAACUGAGGUCUCAACUGUGAGCAUUUUUUAUCA